AAGAGGCACCCAAACCCAAGGCAAAGAAUCCUCUUGAUCUUUUGCCUCCUAGCAAGAUGAUUCUGGAUGAAUGGAAGAGGCUUUAUUCAAACACAAAGACCAACUUCCGUGAGGUUGCUGUCAAAGGCUUCUGGGACAUGUAUGAUCCAGAGGGUUACUCCCUUUGGUUUUGCGAUUACAAAUACAACGAUGAAAAUACAGUUUCAUUUGUGACUUUGAACAAGGUGGGCGGUUUUCUGCAGCGGAUGGAUUUGGCUCGUAAAUAUGCGUUUGGGAAGAUGUUGGUGAUUGGGUCUGAUCCUCCUUUCAAGGUGAAGGGCUUGUGGCUGUUCCGUGGGCAAGAGGUUCCCCAGUUCAUAAUUGAUGAAUGUUAUGACAUGGAACUGUAUGAUUGGUGUAAGGUUGAUAUAACUGAUGAGGAUCAAAAGGAGCGCGUGAACCAGAUGAUUGAAGAUCACGAGCCUUUUGAGGGGGAGGCUUUGUUGGAUGCCAAAUGCUUCAAGUGAUGAGACAAAGGUGUUCGAAGAGGUAGCUGUAACGUUUCAAGGGGUUUCUUCAGAGGUCGUUCAUUCUGGUUUUUUUUUGUGUUUUAGACAUUAUCUUUUGCUUCUCCCAGCACUCUAAUGUAUUACAUUGAUAGGAUAUGGGACAAUGUUGUCUGUUAUAUUAGGAAUAUCAAUUGAAUCACAUGGUGAUGAAGUCAACAUUUAUUUGCAAGUUA